UUGUAUCACUAUCUAAUGAUUUGCAGUCUACAUCAUCCAUCCUUUUAGAGUUCUGCCUUAAGAAUCAUUAAUUAAUGCUGAGAUUUUUUUUGGGUUGAUAUCAACAUUUCCUAAAUAUAGAUCUUGGUAGGGAGUAGGGACAAUCUUUUUUAAAUUGAGAGAGAAAUCAAGGAGUCCUUUGAUGUGUAGUUGUUCUGAUUUGAACUAUUAAAUACCCCUUUGCUUCAUCUCAAUGCUUCCUCCAUUUGAUAUGUAUAGUAUUGAGACCAAAGGAAGAAACCGCAGACCAGAUGCAAACUGCACAUGAAGACGUGUCAAAGCAGGACAAUGUUAUCCCUUCUCCCAUGCAAGUUCAUGAGUGGUACACCGGGGAUGGUAGGGAAGCCUCUAACGGGCAAUCUUCUGUAGUGACGGACGAUAAUCUCGGGCUUGAUAUGCAUCAAUUUGCAUCUCUAUGUCCCAUGGACACCACAGCUGACCAUGGAAGGGUCCACCAUGGAAGGGUCCCCAGCUGGGACGACUUCCCUAGAAUUCGUUGACAUGCACAACUCAUGUAAACAGAAAAGGUGGAUGGGCUUUACAUUUUGUUCUGUCUUUGCUGAUAUAUAUGAUAUUUUUUUGUAUUUGGUUCGAUUGUAUAUUCUGUAAUAAAGAUAAUAAAAUAAGAAUCUUGAU